AUGGAAAAGAGAGAGCGCGCGCUGCCGCGUCUUCCCGUCGAGAUUUGGGUGAGAAUCUUCAAACACAUCCAGUCCUCGUUUAUCACAGAGCGAGACCACAAAGUCACCUUCGCCAGCAGCAGACGUUGCCAGAAGUGGCUUUUCGCAGACGCCAUCCUCACCUCGUGUAUCCUCAACAACUGUUUAUGGACCAUGCCUGGCGAGGUGACACUCUACAUCCCUGCAUGUCAGCUCAACCGCCUACCAGCCGCACCCCCGAAAGAAUCAGGCUUAAGCAUGGUAGUGCUGUACUCGGGGGCCGCGAAAGGGAACGAAUGGGGGCUGGAGAUGAUCAGCAAACCCGUCACUCAAUGGCUGAAGAGACUUGGCCCUGGUCGCUUGGAGGUUCGUUUCGUGAGCCCCGACGUCCACAGAGUUGAACCCACCAUGAUUGAGUCCCUGAUCGGGUUGAACUGUCGGACCAGGGUGGACUUCGGCACUCCCGACGACCUCUUCCUCUCACGCAAAUUCGCCACCCACACCGAGCACGAUCAUAUCUGUCUUGGGGGCGCCAUCAAGCGAGCACGGGAUCUCGCAAAGAAGCUAGGAACUGCGGUCGAAAGGCAAAAAGGAAGCGGAGUCAAACACGACUCCAAACUCAAACUUCAUGGCUUCCGGCGGAUGAGGUGCAUAUGCGAAAAACAACGUGGUAUCCCACUCGACACGCUGGUCAACACAAUUCUUCCUCCGCUUCUAGACCACUGUGUUGAUAAGGGCGGAGUGUAUAUGCCGGUCGAUUUCGACUGGCCCGAGUCUUAUGCACACUGGCGUCCAGUAACAACGUUCUGGUAA